UUGAAAAGUCAUCUCGUCAAGUCCUUCAAACAUUUUCAUAGCAUGUCCUCUCCUUUACUUUCAACAAUGGAAAAUUUUCAUUACUCAAACCCUAAUCCUAACCCUAAUUAUGGAGCUACUGAUUUUAUUGAGACGCCGGAAUUUGAACUCUCCGAUUAUCUCUUUCCUGUCGACGAAUUGAGUGAUGAUUUUUUGUUACAAAAUGAAAUGACGUCUGAAUUUGUUCAAAGUAUUUCCAGCAGUGGAUCAUAUUCCAAUCCCACUCCAAGUUCAGCUAAUAACAUAAAAUGUACAAAAGGUGUAAAGAAGUACAACAAGGUGGAUGCAAAGUCUAGGGUUGCAUUUAGAUUUAAAUCGGACUUGGAUGUUUUGGAUGAUGGAUUUAAAUGGAGGAAGUAUGGCAAGAAGAUGGUCAAGAAUCGUCCAAAUCCAAGGAAUUACUACAAAUGCUCAAGUGGAGGAUGCAAUGUGAAGAAAAGAGUUGAAAGGGACAAUGAGGACUCAAGCUAUGUCAUCACUACCUAUGAAGGAAUUCACAAUCACCAGAGCCCUUCUCAUGUGCUUCACUACACACAAUUCCCUCCCAAAAAUAUUGGCCUUCAUAACCUUCGCCUUUAGAUUUUUUUUUUUUUUUUUUGGACAAAAAAAAAAUGAAGUUUGUAAUUAAGUUGAUCCAAAUAUUUGGUGUUAGGCCUGAUAGGGAUAUGGUCUUAGCUCUUUGUGUCUUUCCAACAAUUUCUAUAGUUGUAUUUUGAGAAAUUUUCAUAAACCACUAUAAUUUAGAGUUUAGUAA